CACUGACAUUAUUUUUGCGGGAUGUUAAACAAAACAAACUAACAUAAACGCCACGGAGAGAAAUCAAGGUCUUCUCCAAAGUUCAGUGUCAGGUGAAGAUGUCUUCAUUGGUGGCCUAUGAUGAUUCAGAGGAUGAGGAUGAGUCCUGCGAUCAGAAGGAGGAAGAACAAUCAGACCCGUCUGGACUUAAUAGGUUUAAUUUAAAGCCCAGACCUGCAGGUUCAGAAAAUGUUUUAGGACAAAGUAGCUCUUCGUUGUAUGUUUACCAAAAGACACAACACUGGGAUUGGGAAUACCAUAGUGGAAAUGAAGGGAAACAUUUUAAAGACAGACCUGCUUGUCUCACUUUCCCAAAAACUGUCGCUGAUGGUUCAAAUCCCGCUAAAAGGCGGUCAUCUUCCCUCCUUGGUGUCAGACCAUACAUCCCAAAGAGACAGAGACAAUCAGAGCAAGCAAAACAGCCUGAGGAUCACCCAGAACAAAGUUUGGAGAAUCCAACCAGGAAAGGUCCAGUUCUCUCAGAUGUUUCACCGAAAGUGAAACCUUACCUUGGUGAAAAACCCAGAUCAUCAGGGACGCCUAGGAAGCUUUUAAUGAGCCUGGAGGGCCACCAGGGGGCAGUCAACACGGUGCAGUGGUGCCCUGUGCCUCACAUUAGCCACCUGCUGUUGUCCGCCUCCAUGGACAAGACCUUUAAGGUAAUGACAGCCCCCACUUACUGCUGAAUUGAUGACAUUUAGGAUGGACGGCCAUGAAACACAGAACCUUUAGCCAGAACCCACCGGACUGGCCUCUGUUAUUUAAACAGCCUUCAAAGCUGAAUGUUAUUUACUGGAAUUUAAAUUAUGACACACUUUGUAGGCCUGCUUUAUCCUGAGCAACAAUUUUAUUUUGCACACUUUGAAUUGAAAUAUUUAUUUAUUUCCAUUUGGGCGGGGGGGUAAAGAAUGAAGUUUUACAAUGCUAUAAUUUUUUACUUUUACUUCAGUAAUU